AUGGAAGAGGCGAAGCCUUCUACACCGUCUCUAAGCCUCUCCGGAGAAGCCCCAACUUUCGAUGGCGCCAAAUCCAGCGACGCCAUCAGCAUCAAGCAUCGGGAGGCAACUGGCGUGCCUGAAGCGCCAAUAUUCCCCCUGCGGCCUUUAUCAGCAGCAUCAAGCAUCGGGAGGCAACUGUGGAGGGGCAAAAGCUCUCCAUUCGUGCUGCAGGUGCUGUUGUUGCUGUUUCUGCUGGCGCUGCUGCGGAAUCCAGCGUCUGCUGCUGGUCCCCGCAACCAAAAUGGGUCAGCCGGCUUAUCAUUGGUUUCUGCUGCAGCAGAAAAAGUGAAAGCUUCAGUCACGCCUGUAGACAGCAAUUUAAGGUCCUUCAAUUCUGUGCAAGGAGGAUUUGAAGAUGGAAUGCAGACCCCUAAGGGGCCGUCUGCUGCUCCCAGCCCGCGGCAGAAGGACUCCCCAGCUCAGAUAUCCAGCAGCUCAGAUGCAGCGGAGAGCCAAGAAAGUAAUGGAAACAAAAAUAAGAUUGUGCCAGAAAGCCAAGCGGUACCCCCCGGCCUCGCUGCAGGCAUCAACAUCGCUAUCAGACGCCCGUUUGAUUUGCUGCGGAGAGCAGCGGCGGUGUUUGGCGACUCUCCGUGGAUAUUGACAAGCGAGGAGGAGGCGGGAGAGGGUUUUCUGGAGAUCAGCUACAAACAAGGCUACGCAGUGUCAUUAGCUGUUGGCUCGGGCCUGGAUCGUCUUGUGCUGCCUUCUCAACUCCCCCAGCGCGACGGGGCCAACGAACCCCUUCGCCUUGUAGGCACCUGGGCUGCCAACUCCGUGGAGCUGCUCCUGGCUGACUUUGGGGCGGGGGCCUUUGGGAUGACCGUAGUGCCGAUGCAUCCGGACAUGAACGCUCGUCGGUUUUUAGAAGUUAUGAUUCAUACUCAAAUGACGCACCUUUGUACAGACUGGAGGCAUCUGGAGAUAGUCUUGGACCUGCGAGAGGGAGGGCAGCUCUCGAACUUGUCGGUUGUGAUUACGCUUGAUGCGGCCCUGGACUUGACCCUUGUGGACUUCUGGGAGUUGGCGGAUUCCCCCGAUGGCAUAGGAGAAGAACAAAGGCUAAAGAAUAUAACUCGUUCGGGUUUCGACACUGAAGAAAUCGCUGCCGUCAUUUAUCCAAGGGCUCUUUCUAUGCCGUUUAAUGGGGCUAUGCUGACGAACGAAAACGUCCUAGCCUCCUUAGACACGCUGACAGACUGGCGGGCGAGGGUUCUUUCUAUUGUGGAAGGGGAUAGGGUACUCUGUAUCGACUCCCUUGCUUCCAUUCACCAGCGCGUGAUCACUGCAAGCAACUCAGGCAGCAACUUGGCAGGAUUUCUAACACUGGGGGAAGACCUCGCAGCCCUCCAGCCAACCAUCGUUGCUGCCUCGGGAGGCAUUUUGCCCAUGUUGCAUUCGGCAGCAAAGCGGACGCUGAAGAGCUUGGGCCGGCUGCGCCGAUUUUGGGUUUUACUCAAGCUGAAGUGGAGGGCCCGAAAGUAUUGGCAGAUGGGGGACUUUGAAAUCUUAUCGCGACUGACGUUUCAGUGGUUUCCUUCUCUUACUUUGCUGUUUGUGAUUCUGUUUCUGUAG